GGGCUUCAUUGCGAUCCGUCAUAAAGUGACAGCUGUAAGUCGGUGUUUUACACACGCUAAUAGAGACUUUCUCCUCAUAAACAGACCCAAAUGGCGUUUCAGUGUCAGCGAGACAGUUAUAUGAAAGAGCUAGUUACUUCUGUAGUAUCCUGCUGCCCAGCGGGACUCAAACAAGAAGUCAACGGAAAGAAAGAAACUCUCAAAGGCUUCAAUGUCAAGCUCCGAGAUACGAUCUUAUUCCCUGAGGGGGGUGGACAGCCAGAUGAUCAUGGGCUGAUCGGAGAGGUUCCAGUUCUCAGGGUGACAAGACAAGGAGCAGAUGCUUUACACUUUGUGGCCUCUCCUGUGGAGGUGGGUCAGGAGGUACUUGUGAAGGUAGAUUGGGAGAGGAGGUUUGAUCAUAUGCAGCAACACUCAGGUCAGCAUUUGAUCACAGCUCUGGCAGAUGUAAUGUUUGGAUACAAGACCACAUCAUGGGAUUUGGGCCGUCAGAGAAGCACAAUUGAGCUGGAUACAAAUUCUAUCCAACCAGCGCAGCUUCAGGAACUGGAAGAUGCUGUAAAUGAGAAGAUCAGAGCUCACAUUUCUGUUAAUGUUCAGCUGCUUUCUAUUGAUGAUCCUGCUGUGGAAAAGGUGAGGAGUCGGGGGCUUCCGGACGACCACGCAGGACCAAUUCGGAUCAUUGAUAUUGAAGGUGUUGAUGCCAACAUGUGCUGUGGGACCCACGUGUCCAACCUCAGCCACUUGCAGGUUAUAAAGCUGCUUGGAAUAGAGAAAGGAAAGAAGAACAAAACCAACCUGAUCUUCCUGGCAGGAAACCGAGUACUGAAGUAUGCAGAGAAGAGCUACAGCACAGAGCGCUCUUUGGUGUCUCUUCUGAAGACGGGCCCGGACGAGCAUGUAGAGGCAGUCGAUAAGCUGCAGAAGUCUGUUAAACUUCUUCAGAAGACAAACCUCAGCCUGCUACGUGAUGUGGCCAUCCUCACUGCUCAGAACUUCAAGAAUGAUCCUCAUAGAGGCAACUUCUUCAGCUUCCACAAAAAAGAGGGCGACAAUGAGUUUAUGAAUAUUAUCGCCAACGAAAUAAACACAGAGGAAACUUUGGUUUUCCUGACCGUUGGAGAGGAAAAGGGAGCUGGUUUGUUUCUCCUGGCUGGACCUGGUGGACCCGUGUCUGAUUUAGGACCACGGAUUUUAGAGUUGCUCCAGGGGAAAGGGGCGGGGAAGAACGGGCGUUUCCAGGGCAAAGCCAACAACCUGGCACGAAGAGGAGAGGUGGAGGACUUACUGAGACAGCACUGCAAACAUCACGGCUCAGAGGAAGAGUAAACCCGGUGACCAAUCAGUGGAGGAGCAUUCGUUAUCCUUUUCAGGGAAGCAAUUAGAGCCAAUAAUCACAAAAGCACUAAAGCAGUUUGAUAAAUAAUUACACCCAUUUAUGUGUGGACUAAUAAUUAAAACAUUGAAAUCAGCUAAAAGUUGAUGCAGCAAAUAUUAGACAGUAAAACUGACUCUUUGGAAGGAAUUGUUCAGUUUCACCCCGAUCGCAUUAAGCUGCUCAGUUAUACUGGAAACUUCACUCACUCCUCCUUCUAAAAGCGUCGCUGCUGACCCAUCGGUAACUUUGGAAAGGGAACGAAAACUUCAGACAUUGUGUUACUUUGAUCACAGAUUUCAUUUCUCUGAUUAAAACGGUUUCCUUCUGUUUAGUUUUAAACAUUUUUAACUGUUUACUAUUCAUAUCACUCAAUAAAAAGAUUCCCUUGCCAGUUUGUCACUCUGUGUAUGACAUCAGUGUGUGUAUCAUCGUAAAACAUCAUUUAUUUUGUAUUUCAGGAGUGAUCCUUAACAUUUACAUUAAAGCUAUAAUGUGGAGUUUAUUGGUGCUGGUGGAGUCACUUCCGUUUAACGCGGCGGUUGCUCUGUCGAAGGCGGCAGUAGAUGUCGAAACAUGCCAGCAAAGGUAAAAACAAGCUUUAUUUGCUCUGUGGAGUUUUUUUUUUUUACCUAACGUCACCAUCUAGAGGCUGACAAGUGUAUCGCACCAUGAGCCGUUCUCACCACUUCCAUUUUUACGACCAAAAGCAACGCCUCUCGUUAGUGAGCCAACAGAAGUAAAACGCCAUUUUACUGUUAUUCUCUAUUCGUUCCAUUUAUAUACACUCAAUGGUCACUUUAUUAGGUACACCUUGCAAGUAUCAGGUUGGACCAACUUUUGCCUUCAGAACUUCCUUAAUCAUUCGUGGCAUAGAGUCAACAAGGUACUGGAAACAUUCCUCAGAGAUUUUGGCCCAUAUUGACAUGAUAGCAUCAUGCAGUUGCUGCAGAUUGGUCGGCUGCACAUCCACGAUGCGAAUCUCCUGUUCCAGCUCUAUUGGGUUGAGAUCUGGUGACUGUGGAGGCCAUUUGAGUACAGUGAACUCAUUGUCAUGUUCAAGAAACCAGUCUGAGAGGAUGUGAGCUUUAUGACAUGGUGCAUUAUCCAGCCGGAAGUACCCAUCAGAAAAUGGGUACACUGUGGUCAUAACGAGAUGGGCAUGGUCAGCAACAAUACUCAGCAAGGCUGUGAUUUUGCAAUGAUCAAUUAGUGCUAAGGGGCCUAAAGUGUGCCAAGAAAUGUCCCCCACACCAUUACACCACCACCACCCGCCUGAACCGUUGACAGAAGGCAGGAUGGAUCCAUGCUUUCAUGUCGAUGCCAAAUUCUAACCCUACCAUCUGAAUGUCACAGCAGAAAUCGAGACUCAUCAGACCAGGCAACAUUUUUCCAAUCUUCUAUUGUCCAAUUGUAGAGGCUACAAUUCUGUCCUGUUCUGACAGCUGUGGCACCCGGUGUGGUCUUCUGCUGCUGUAGCCCAUCUACCUCAAGGUUCAACAAGCUUUGCGUUCAGAAAUGCCCUUCUGCAUACCUUGGUUGUAACAAGUGAUUGUUCAAGUUGCCUUUUUCGGACCAUUCUCUGUAAACCCUAGAGAUGGUGUGUGUGACAAUCCCAGAAGAUCAGCAGCCUGUAUGGCACAAACUACUAUGCCACGUUCAAAGUCACUUCAAUCACCUUUUUUCUCCAUUCUGAAGCUCAUGUUGAACUGCAGCUGAUCCCCUUGAUCAUGUCAACAUGCGGCAUGCAUUGAGUUGCCACCAUGAGAUUGACUGCUAAACAAUUUGCUGUAACGAACAGUUGGACAGGUGUACCCAAUAAAGUGACCAGUAGGUGUGUGUGUGUGUGUGCUUAUUAAAGACUUGUCAAUGAGAAAAGGUCGCCAACUCUGCAUCAGUCUAAGUACGUCCUCAAACAGUAGCACAUGCUCUGUAACGCACGUUUGCAGAUGUCUGACGCUAUUGGCUAAUGCUAAGCAGACCUCAAAUAGCACAGGGCUCUUCAUGACAGGCGGUAAACUUAGCAAAAAAGAAAAAGGUGUAGUGCCUACAGAAUGGGUAGGCAAUCAUGGCUCUCGAGCGCCGGUGUCGUGCAUGUUUUAGUUGUUUCCCUGCUAAUUCAAGGGUUAAAGCAUCUGUUCACCAGAUGUUCUAGCUCUGCAGAAACUUGUCAAUCGCCUACUGAUUAAACUGUAAUGUCUCUGGUUGACUUCCCGUUCUUCAGUGUUAAAAAUGAGUUUAACUGUGUAUAAUGGGGAGUAUGGCACCUCUGCUAAUGGCUCCUGCUUUCUUAGACCUUACAUGUGGAAGAUUUAAAUAUUUUCUUGUUUCAUAUAACAUUUUAAGAACAUUUUUUUAAGAUUUUGAUCUUUGAAUGUAGCUGUUGCCUGGACAUGUGCUGUACAUACUUGAAUAUUAAAAGCUUAAAACAUGUCAACCUUUAUUUUACUUCAUGUUUUUUUUCUUUGCUCUGCAGCAACGCUAAAGUUAGACAAUCAUCAGAAUUUACUAUUUACACACAAAUGCCAUGUGAAUUAAUUAAAUUAAAUGAAAAAAAAAACUUUCA